UUGUAUAAAGUAUGCAAUACAGACGAGUGUAACUUGAUAUAUAUUUACACUAUACAGUGAACACAAUGAUCCAUAUAUGGAUUACCAUUUUAAUCCUUCCAAGCAUAAGUUGCAACUAUACCCUGGUGAAUGGCCUCCUAUUGGCUGGAAAAACAAAUCAAUCUUCUAUCUCCUCCGACCUUGAAAUUUCCUCCAACUCCUCCGAAACCUCCUCCAUCGAAGAACAUGGAAAUGACUAUAUGGUUGGAGGUAAUGAGGAUGAAGAGUAUGAUGAUUAUGAAAAUGAGAAUGAAGAAGAUGUUGAAACUAAUAACCUGGAUAUUUCACCAAAGUUUGCAGGAAAGGGGGAACAACAAAUGGCUUUUAUCUUUAAGCAAGGAGAAUGCAGCAGUUCACUUAUACAUCGAGAUUGGUUGCUGACAGCGGCACACUGUUUGGGCUCAGACAGUACCUGUAUAUAA